AUGAGUCGACCCAGCGGUGGCCUCGAGGAAAAACGGGUCAGGCAAAAUGGAGGAGACCCGGGAGGUCAUCACUGUGAACCGAUCAAUACUCACUCUGCAGCGGCAGCGGCGGCGGCGGAGGGUCCGGAACCUGGUCCCGACUCAAAGCUACUGUCCGCCCUCAAGAAAGACUCUCAGGCCAGGAGAGUGGACCUGACAGGGAGAGAGUAUUACAGUGAGGAGGGGAAGACCUUUCAACUACGUCUCGUUGGGAAAAUAAAACAACAGUUAAACGCUGAUCCCACCCUUUGUCCAGAGUAUCCAUCUUCUCUUGGGCUAACUGAAUUCACCAGGCGAGCCAAUGAGGUCGUUUUGGGGAAGGAAUCCCAGGCUAUAAUGGAGAGCCGGGUGUUGGGUGUCCAGACCCCUGGCUUUACUGCUGCUGUGCGCCUCGGGGCUGAACUCCUGAGGCACUGCUUCGAUGCCGGUGCUGCUUGGUGCGGCCCGGUCUACCUCUCCUCCCCUUGCGAUGACUCAUUGGCUGGCAUCUUCCAGGCAGCGGGGAUCCAGGAUAUCCGUCGGUAUUAUUACUGGGAUGAUAAGCUGCGCUCCAUUUGUUUGGAGAAGCUUCUGCAGGAUCUGGAGGGGGCUCCUGAGCAAAGUGUUGUUGUUCUGUCAGCGUCUGCCCAUUACCCAACCGGAGCAGAUCUCUCUCAGGAUCAGUGGACUGUGAUUACACAACUAAUCAUGAGGCGAAGGCUCUUCCCUUUCCUCCUGCUGCCUGCUCAGGGGCUCUGCUAUGGAGAUUUUAAGCGGGAUGCCUGGCCUGUACAGCUCUGUGCAUCCCAAGGCAUGGAGCUCCUUUGUGCUCAGUCCUUCUCCCACUGCUUUGGCCUUUAUGGUGAGGCUGUGGGUCACCUGCUGUGCGUGUUGAAGCAGAGAAGCCUCCUGUUAUCGCUGCAGUCUCAAGCUGUCAAGUUAGUCAGGUCACUGUGGGCCUGGCCGUCUGUGGGAGGAGCAGAUGUCGUUGCCACUGUGCUCAGUAACCCCGCACAUCUUGUUGAAUGGCAGGGAGAAGUUAAGCGCAUGGUUGAGAGAAGUAAGCUGAUCAGAGACAUUUUGAGGGAGAAGCUGAGGCUUCUGGGAACUCCAGGCUGCUGGGACCACCUGACACAACAAGGUGGACUCUACUGUUGUACAGGCUUGAAUGAUCAGCAGGUGGAAUUUUUGACAAAGAGGAGACAUGUGAACCUCCUUCCCAGUGGCUGUCUGAAUGUGAGCGCAAUCAACGGCCGUAACCUGAAGUAUAUAUCAGAGUCCAUCUAUCUGGCCAUGACCACUUCACCAUGA